CUGCGUCGUACCCCCGGCAUCGCAUUUCGAUCUUUCUCUGUCUCUUUUGUUUGUUGCAACCAAAUCGACGCACCCCCACAGCUCACUCUGUCACUCACCUACGUACUUAGCUACACAUCAUCCAAUACAACUCUCACAUCUGUUGCCAUAGCCUGCUCGAUUGAUCUUGUUUUUGCCUCAAUCUACUGACUCCACGCAUCGAAAUCCUCACCGCACAGCUCGAAUUACCGACUUCCCUCCCCUCCAUCCGCUCUCUGCCCGCAUGGCGCAUCCUGCGUUCCACCACCGCCCAACAGCCUGCCCUUCUCCACCCCGUCCUCCACGAACGACAUGUCUCCGACGUCGUGCGACACCGCCACGCAAAACAUCCGCCCCCGACACGUCGCACCGAUCCGGUUCCACGGCGCCCUGGCGUCGCUCCAGACCGUUACCCAUCCCCUCCGCGCGGUGCUUGCGUGACCCGUCCGCACCGUACUAUCGGCGCGGAUGGUGGGUUCCCUGUUGGUGUUCGGUGCGACCACGCGCGACCGGGAGCAAACAGGAUCACGGCGUGCGGUGUCGCGUGAAAUUCUGCUUCGAGCAUUGUGUAACCCCCGAAAACCCACAGAUUUGACUUUUCGUCGCUCGUUUGAGUCGUUACCCGUUGAUCACGCAUGUCUGAUAUUUC